UUCUGUGUAUUUAUUUAUUUAUUAUAAAGAAUGAAAGAAAAAGGAUUAUGUAGAGAAUUAUGACAAGGGACGGAUUUGGGGAAGCGCACGAUAUCCAAAACGUCUGACAUCGGAAUUCCCGGUUGUUGUUGCGGCAGAAUCGUCCAGCUGCGUGAUCGCUGCAGGUGAUUGCACAUUGGUUGAGCUGUUGUGUCAAUCUACAAAGCCACAUUUAGGAGUUUUUUCUUGUGGAGGGAGGCUGCCGGUUUUUGAAGUUACUUCAGCUUCAGCUGGCUUGAAAUCCUCUCUCUCUCUCUCUCUCUCUCUCUCUCUCUCUCUCUCUCUCUCUCGUCAUAAUCAAGUUAUCAUCUGGAUACGAGAGUUUGUCUCUUGUUGUUUUGGUGAUUGCAUUCUGGUUUGUUGCCUGAUAUUGAGUGGAGAAGACUGAGAGAUUGAGGUGGAAUUGGCAUUGGAAACAUGGGCUCUGCGUGUUGCUGUCUGAGGGGUGAAUGGGAAGAUUAUACUAAUCCUAAUAGUACAAUUUACCGGAACUGCAUAUGCCUUAAUUACUUCUUGCGAAACUUCGUACAUGUGUAUACGUCACUUUUUAACAGAGAAGAUCGUUCCUUACCUUCACCAACUCAGGGUACAACAGCUUUGAGUUCUAUAGCAUCGAUUGAUGAUUCCAUACCUGAUACAUAUCGCUCUCCUCCAAGACCUCUUCCUUAUGAUGCCGAUCCAAGAUAUUUCCGCCUUCAGCGUGAUGGUCUGGUCUCUAGUAGUGGAAAAGGGUCUAGUCAGAAUCUAAAUGAGGAAACUGAACCGCUAAGAGGAAGUGAAGUAAACCAAGAAGAAUCAGGGCUAGCGACUAACAAAAGCAAAUGGAAUGAUAUUACAUAUGAAGAAGGUUCCAAAGAACAUAAUUCUAAGUCAUCAAUAAAGCCAUCAACAGACAACCCUGCCAGAGGAUUUGCUCAUAUUUAUACUUGCUCUGAUGAUGAAGAUGUCUGCCCUACGUGUCUUGAAGAAUACAGCACAGAAAACCCAAAGAUUAUUACAAAGUGUGCUCACCAUUUCCAUCUUGGUUGUAUAUAUGAGUGGAUGGAAAGAAGCGAUACAUGCCCAGUUUGUGGCAAGCUGAUGGACUUUGACGAGACAACUUGAUGCAUCAAGCAACAUUUUUCGUCGUCGAUGAAAACUGAAACCAACCGAGAACAGAACAGCUGGCCCAAACUGUAAGUCAUUGUACAUAAUAACCAUCCAUGAAUAUUUUCUGCCGUUGUGGUAAUAUUAUUUGCAAUAGCAUUUUACUUUGCAAAUCCUUCCGGAAAAUUUUUCGAUUUUAUGUGAAGUAGAAAUGAUCUAUUCAUUUCCUGUUUUUGGUUCAAGGAUUUUAGAAGGAAAAAAAAAAGAAGGGAAAAUAGUGUGGAUGUAAGUUAAGUGUGAGAAAUAUGGGUUCUUUGUGUGUUUUAAUUUUA